AUGGCUAGCUACCUCAGAGAGCAUAAAAUCAAACUUGCAGGGUUAGUGGAAACAAGAGUUAAAGAACCAAAAGCCAAAGAGAUUAUAAAUAGAAUCACUCCAAGAUGGGAUCAUGCAAAUAACUACACUAAAGCUGUUAACGGUAGGAUCUGGCUGCUAUGGGACCCAAAUGUUUAUGAAGUCCAAGUUCUUGCUCAAGAAGCACAGCUUAUUCAUUGCAAUGUAGUGAACAGACAGAUGCAAAUGGAGUGUGACAUGACCAUCAUUUAUGGGUAUAAUACAAUUGAGCAGAGGAAAGAGUUAUGGGACCAACUUAGCAGGUUGUCUACACAAUGCUCAAAACCAUGGAUUCUAUGGGGGGACUUUAAUACUAUCUUAUACACUCAAGAUAGAGUCUAUGGAGCUGCUAUCUCAAAUGCAAAGAUCAGGGAUUUUUCAGACUGUGUACAAAACCUGAUGGUUACUGAACUGCCCUGGCAAGGUGAUUAUUACACAUGGUCCAACAAACAACAAGGUGGUAAUAAAGUGUGGAGUAGAAUUGAUAGGGCACUGGGGAAUUUAGACUGGAUGAUGAUAUAUGGGCACUUGACAAUAGAAUAUAACCUACCUCACAUUUCAAACCAUGCUCCAAUGAUGAUAAGGACCAAUCAGACAAUUCCCUAUAGCAAAUCUCCUUUCAAAUUCUUUAAUGUAUGGCUAAAUAACUCUGAAUUUAAAGGGGUUACUACAAGAAUCACUCAAACAAGGUUGGAUCUCAAAUAUGUACAAACUAUGAUCAACAUUCAAUACUCAGAUGCACUGGCUAAUGAGGAGAAACAAAUCCUACAGCAACUAGAGAAGUGGACCUUGAUUAAGGAGAGCAUAAUCCAACAAAAAUCAAGAGUAUCUUGGAUAAAACUGGGAGAUUCAAACACUAGUUACUUCUUUGCGGUCUUGAAAGAAAGGAAACAGAGGAAACAAAUCAAAGAACUGGAGGCAAUAGGGGGAGGAAAGCUGAUUGAUGCUGUAGACAUUAAAGAAGAGAUAAUUCUUUUUAUAAAUCACUAA